GCGGACGGCGGUGUGUUUCGCGGUGUCUCUCGGUGUCGGAGACCGGUGGACGACUGGACCGGGGUGCAGAGUCGCCGACAGCCAUGUCUACCGAGCGGACUGCCCAGUAUGUGUUGUACCACCAGCGAACCAGCCGUAACGUGUCCGACGCCCUGUGCGGGUCACGUGAGAAUGAGAUACCCCUCGAAGACCACGCGGCCAAUCCAGAUGGUGCGGCCGCCGCCGGCUCGACUGGUCUCUCGUUCGGCGAGAGGGAGCCCAGAGCUCGGCGAUCGCGUCCCAAUGGGGAGAGACUCAGACGCAGCCGCGAGGAGCUCGACACACGGGAGGACCAGGAUUUCCGUGUGACGGCCAGUCCGAUGGCACGUGCCGGGCCUGUCCCUGAUAGAGAUGCCUGGAGGGAGAACCGCCGCCUCCACCAGAGCAGUCAGAUCCUGCUGGCGUUCGGCAGCUCAUCACCCCGCUGGGAGAACUCGGCAGACAUGGGCCGCAGGUACAUCGAGUUCUGGAGUCGGCCCGCCUCGCCGGUCACCCCGUGCUCCCAUCUGACCCCCAGAUGUACGUCCAGCUCUCAGCUCGACGCGGCCGGCCAGCGCACACCGAUCGACGGUAAGGUGCUGCCGUCCAGGCCCGCCGGCUCGUCUCCGCUGCCGCUGCCGCUGCCGUCCGUCGCCGCAUCAGCAUCCGCUCCGUCCGCACGGGAGGAGCCGUCCGCCCGGCGGCACCGGUCCGACCUGACCCCGACCGCGCCGCCGGGCCACUCGUUCCGGGACCCACCGCCGGCGCGCCACCGCUCGCCAGGUAAAGCGGUCUCUCUGAGCCGGCUGGACGUGCUGUCGCGGCCGCGUCGGCCGCUGGCCAGCCGCCCUGACCUGCUGCAUGUGUCGCCGGCGCCGGCCGCCGGCCGUCAGUGGCAGAGCAUGUGGCACCUGGGACCGGUGGCGGCGCCGCGACCUACCCGAGCUACCCUGCUGAGACGAGCCGCCCGACAGUCGCCCACGCACCAGCCAGGUAUCGUGGGCGGCGCUCCCGCUGGCUCCCGACCUCCCUCGGCCCAGUCCCAGCAGGCCGGGCCGGCGGCAGCGGGCGGCGCAGCGCGACCGUCCCCCCUGCGGCCCAGGAGCGGAGGGCGCAAACCGCGGCCUUCCAGCAUCGCCGGUCUGCCCACACCGCGACAUGGCUCCGAGCCCGGCGCACAGCACACGACGGAAGGCCGGGGCUCGAGUCGCAGCGGCAGCUCGUCCACUCCUCGUCGCCCUCUGCCUGCCAGCGCCCCCACCAGUGAGGCCCGCCGGCCAGCCGCCGCAGCAGUGUCCUCUCCACGGCGCACGCCCGCUCAGGUCAAGGCCGACGACGCCCGCAAAAAGAAGCAGCGGUCCAAGUCGAGCACACCCCAGCCGGAAUCACGGACCGGCCUGCAGCCGACCUCGGAGUCAGGAGGGUCAGAGCCCAGAUCCAGUCCAGCGCCGUCCAGCAGUAGUGCAGAGGGCAGCACCGGGCACCCGCGAGGUGGCAGCACUGAGCCGCCGACCGUCACACCGCAGCCGGAGGUCACAGCGGAGUCAGAGCAGACGGAGCAGGCCGACGGCAGCACGACGAGCCGUAAGGCGGGCUAUGACAGCGAAGCCGCCGCCCGGGCCGCGCUGGCCGAGAAGAGGCGCAGAGUACGAGAGGAGGCCGAGCGGCAGGCAGAGCAGGAGCGGCUGCGGAGGGAGGAGGAGGAGCGGCAGGAGCAGGAGCGGCUCCGUCAGGAGGAGCUGCUGAUGGAGCAGGCGGCCCGCGCUGAGCAGGAGCGGCUCCAGAAAGCCAUUCAGGAGGCCGAGGAGCGCCGUGCUGAGGAGGAGCGUCGCCGUGAGGAGGAGGAGCGGCAGCGGCAGCAGAGAGAGCAAGAGGAGGAGGAGGCGCGACGAGAGGCCGAGCGCGCCAGGAUCGCCGCCGCCGAGAAACUACAGAGGGAGGAGCAGGAGAGGAGAGAGCGACGGAGCAGGGUGGCCGCCAUCAUGAGUCGGACCAGGGCGGCCAACGCCGCUGCCGGCGGUGCGGCAGAUAAGACGGCUGAUUCCUCGGAGGAGGAGCAGACGGGCUCAGCAGCACCACAAACUACGGAGGACAGGUCGACCGUACAGCCCCCGGCGUCGGACGGACAGUCUCGAGACGACAGCUCCUUAGACUCGCACAACUCGGACGGAAACCCGACCCGGGCGGAGGAAACUCCGGCUGCGGCCGUGCACCAGGAGCAGGCUGAUCGAGCUCAGGACUCGCAACUCGACCAGGCCGACCAGCGGUCAGACCAGGCUGAUCAGAGGUCAGACCAGGCUGACCAGAGGUCCGACCAGGCCGACCAGAGGUCAGACCAGGCCGACCAGAGGUCCGACCAUUUCGACCAGCGGUCAGACCAGGCCGACCGGAGCCUGCAGUCCGAGCAGAUGUCCGAUCGGAACCCGACUCCAAAAUCAGAAGACGAGUCGGACCACGAUGUCGAUCCGCAGGUGCCCAUGUCGACUGAUUCCAGUCCGGCUCACACCAACGGGAACCUUAACACGGCGGGCAUCAACGGCCUGGACAACUCGGCCCACCCGGACCCGGCCUCCGACGGCUCCGGCGCACAGCAGAACGGGGGCCUGACCGCACAGCACGCCCUGGUGAUGAAGCCCGCGACCACCAGUGAUGACGAGGAUUCCAUCAACUCCAACGUGUCCCCACGGCCGGGCACGGCUCCGGAGCAGGACCCGUUCUCUCUCGGCCUGACGGGGACCGGCACAGUCAGCCAGGAGCUGCCGCGUCCCGUCCAUACCUCCGAGCUGGUGCAGUUGUAGCCGGCCACAGCAAUGGACAGACCUGGCAACACGGCCAGGAUCGGGACUGAGAGGGGGUGCGAGGGAACAGAUAGGACGCACAGUCCACGCUGGCGAUACAGGUCAGGGAAGUAACGACGCUACACGUCGUGACUCCUACGGCUGGUCACGAGGCACUCACACGGCCUGUGACGGGACACUCCCGGCUUCAGACUAUGACUGGGCGCCCUCGAGUCAAGGGAUGACGUGGUACUCCCUGAGUUGUGACAACUUGUGACGGAUGCUCCUGAAUGGCAGCCUGUAAGGCAGCGAUCCCACCCCGGAAUAUAUAUAGACUCGCAAUAGUGUGCGCCUUCGGUGAGUGGAUGACUUGAUGUGUGAGCUAUGUAAAUGGGGCUUGUCUCUUCUCCAGCCUUUUUAGUUAAUCGUUCGACACCAUGGAUCGGCAGUCAUUGCUAAGUUUAAUAGCAAUGAUUAUAUGCAUAGCGCUAUGCCGUGAACUAUUUCACGUUUAUUAUUUAAGCUGCGAGGUAGGGGGCUGUAAGGGAGCAGUCUGUGUGAACAAACGACGUGUGAAGCUCUGGGUGAUAUUGGUGGCUGACUCCAUCCGGUGUGCUGUGUUCGCCGGGUGGCGGCUAGGCGACAGACCGUGGAUGUAUCGCUAAAGUCGCGUUCUCGCUUGCACCAGCAUGGCUACAGAUGUGUUUAUCUAAGAUGCUUUUGUGCGAAAUGAAGUUAUUUUCUGGAUAUAGUGUGAGAUACGCGAUUGUUUGUUACACAAUAAAAUGCAUAAGCCAAAAUGCUC